AAGUGGGCGGGUGUUUAGAGGCAGCGACGGACAGCCUCAGCAGCCAUUGAUGCGCUUCAUCUCCAGGACGACGAACCGAGACAGAACCGGGUUAUAACCGAGACAGAACCGAGACCGACCGGAGCCAUCAUGGUGUCUCACUCUCUCGCCCUGCCGAUGAUCUGCUUCACCACGCUGUGGGCUCUGGUGGGCGUCGUGGCUCCGUUCCUGGUGCCCAAAGGACCUAACCGGGGUGUGAUCGUCACCAGUCUCAUCCUCACAGCCGUCUGCUGUUACUUGUUCUGGUUGGUGGCCAUCCUGGCUCAGGCCAACCCUCUGUUCGGCCCUCAGCUGAAGAAUGAAACUAUAUGGUACCUGCGUUACUUCUGGGAGUAGACAAGGACCGGGUGACGUGAUGCCUCUCAUCAUUCCUGUCCCGUGGUUGGCUUUUCAACAUAACUCAUUCACACACACACACACACACACACAAUCUGCAGAAUUAAUGAAACUGAAAAGUUAGUUUUCUUUGGAAAUAUUUAUGUACAAGAAGAUUAAGAUUUAGAGUGUAUUAAGACACGCUGUGGGUUUUAAAACAAGGAGAAGAAUUCGCCUUUUGGCCCGUAUGCAACGCACGCAGUCUGCCGUUGUGACGGUGAGGAAAGCAUCGAGUGUUUCAGUCUGUUACUGGUCAGAUUGAUCUAAGAAUCAUCUGUUAGGAGUCGAUGUUCAUCUUUAGUUUCUUUGUUUACAUGUUUGUUUUUGUGUCGCUGCCAUCAGGGAACAUGACUUUCUGAGUAUCUGUAUUUAUUUGGCCGGCGGACGCUGAUGUGAGCGCGUAGUGUUUACCUCCGUGUCCACGCUGGCCUUGUUAUAUAACUGUUAUUAUCUGUGAUGUAAUGGUGAGUGUGAGUGUGAAUGUGUGUGUGUGUGGAGAAUUCAUUACUGUGAGUGUUUUGGACCGCGGCCACGAGAAUCUCCCAAAAACCAUAAAAGUGAAGAGCGAUUCCCUUCUUCCACUUUAGGCCACUUCAGCAUGAAACUCCCUCCCACUCUCCUCCUCAUGCUCUACGCCGCCGAGGCUCUCGUUGCCAUGGUGAUCUCAUCGCCCAAUUCAGUCCCUUUUUCCACUCGACCCCCUUUUGAUGAAAUCCUGCCCGUUCCCGCCUGCUUUUGUACCGCAGGUUGUACUGUAGGGACGUGGUGUUUUGGAUUGAAGCUGCCGGUAGCUGCUGAUGGAGUCGGCAAUAACAUCCUCCAUCUUUUCAUCUUUUCAUCUUCAUUCCUCUAAAAAAAGGAAAAUCCUUCUCGAGUAUUUUCUAUUCUAAUCAGUCUUUAGAGCAAAUUCCUCAUUUAAACGUCAAUGCUUUAGAGGUCAGCGGCUCUUUAAGGCGGAGUGACCCCCUCACAUCUUUUCAGUAGCAGAGAAGUAGCUGCUGUUAAACGGACUCCGAUACGAGAAGAAGCAGUGAAAAGUGAAAAGGGUUAUUUUCAUUGCAUGUUUUUUUCAUUCACUGUAAUCUGUUAGAAAAACGCCAUCAUAUCAGUGGUGGAUGUGUCUGACUGGCUGAUGUUGGAUGUUUAAAAGGUCAACAAUGCUCCUGUGUGAUCGACGUUUGAUGUUUAUAGACCUGCAUACUUGUUUUCUGCAUUUAAAGGUGCUAAAUUAAAAAAUUCAGAGCAUUAAUAUAGCUGCAAACAACUGUUUGCUAUAGAUUUAGUGGAGUUAUGGCGUCCUAGUGUUAGUGCAUGUGAGUCCCAGUGUGUGUGCCCCACUGGCGAGCUAAUGGACGCCGCUCUGCACUGCGCUCGGCGUUGUCAGCAUCUCUGCACUGCGCUCGGCAUUGUCAGCAUCUCUGCACUGCGCUCGGCGUUGUCAACAUCUCUGCACUGCGCUCGGCGUUGUCAACAUCUCUGCACUGCGCUCGGCGUUGUCAGCAUCUCUGCACUGCGCUCGGCGUUGUCAACAUCUCUGCACUGCGCUCGGCGUUGUCAGCAUCUCUGCACUGCGCUCGGCGUUGUCAGCAUCGUCACGGAGGCGUAGCGCCCAUCCAUUAGCUCGGUCGGCACUGUUGCCAUUGUUUGCACUGUUAGCGCUGUUAGCAUUAUCAGCUGCUAGCUGCCGGCAAAUAACAAAUAUUGCCGAGAAGUGAAAGUCAACUGUUCGUUCCAUUGCAACAUCAGCGCCAAGCAGCAGAGCUACGCUUCCGCCAUUUUGGACUGGAAGAGACUACCGGACGCCAGUAAAACGUCUAACGCCUAAAAAGAGCCGUAUAAAAGUAAAACUAUUUCUCUUCUAUCGUCUUAUUGACUGUGCUAAACAAUAAAAUAUCAUAAGUAUAAUAAGCAUUUCAGUCCAAAAUGGCGACAGUGGCUGUUGUCACAAAAACAUCGGAGUCUCUUUGCGUCUUUACUCUUUGCCGCCAUAUUGAGAGCCGUGUGGAGUCAAUCCCUCAGUCAGAGAGGUGCUCUAAAUUUGAGAUUUAGCACCUUUAAGGUAAAGUAAGGAAAGUCAUUUUACUGUAGAAGUCAGGUUAGAAAAAACAUCUAAAUGUUGGCUUCAAAUCCUGAGAAUUAAUAUUCAUAAGAACAAGAUGAAUCGUUGUAAUUACAUGUACAACAUGUGCUGCACUGUGUAUGCAAUAGAGUGCUGUUCAUGUUAGUCUGUACACAUGCACUUGAGUGUGGAGCAAGUCAGUGUGCGUUCACACGACCACCAGCUGGGAAGGUCAGUCGCCAGAGGUCAAGAGGUCAAGGUUAUUUCUGUUGACUGAUGACCAAUCAGACAGCAGCAUUUCUGAACAUUCAUAGAUCCAAACAGUUCACUGAUGUAGUCUGAAGGUCAGAGAUGUAGUCUGAAGGUCAUGUUUGCUUUGGUUCAGAUGCUGGCAUGACACCUGCCUCCUCCUGAUUGCUUUAAAGAGUCUCAGCUGCGAGCCACUACCACAACUACGACUCCCCCUUCCACUCCCCAUCUCCAACCCCUCCCCCUCCCCCUCCACCCUUCCUGAACACCGUCCUCCCCCCCCCCCCCCCCCCGUCCUCUUCUCUAAAACCACUUUGCUUCAGCCAAAAAUAAUCAAAAUCAAUAUACAGCUACUUUUUAGAAAGACCAAAUUGCGUUGUAUCUUUUCCUCCAGCCCUCUUUGGUAGUUGUGGUGGUGGCAUUGCAUCUAAAAGUGGAUAUACAGCAGUACUGUACUGUCAGUUACACACAUCAGAUAGAGUGGGAUCACACCUGAUCACACCUGAUCACACCUGAUCACACCAGGAGAGGGAGGCUUUUCAUGCCACAAUGCUGGGAUUUAGUUGGCAAUUUCAAGUGAACCAGAGCUUAUUACAAUAGCGGACUCACCUGAAGCUCAUUCGUUGGACAGAGUUUUAGUAACCACCAAGUUAGAGAUGUCGGUGCUGUCGCUGCACCCAAGUCGACUGUUGUCAGCUCAUUAAAUGUGCGUUAUCAGUGGUUAUAAGCCUCAUAGAUGUGGGUCAGUAGGGGCCUACUACACCUACUACGUUGUAAAAAGUGAAAAGCAGCACGUACUAAAGGGUUUUUUCGACGGGGAGCGACACUCCGCCUGCAUACUCACUUGUAUCCGCAGGGUCUUACGGUACUCCUCGCGUGGUUAAACGCGAGGUUAACACCAGACGCUAUGCGUGGCAACCAUGGAAAUGGCCUCUGUGCACUACCGUGUGUAUCCCUGCCCUGUCGGUACAACCGUGCGGUGUAUCGUAUAUCCCUAAUCACAGCUCGAGUAGUUGAUCUUAGUCUUUGAUACCAACCACAGAUUGUUGACAGCUAAAGUUAGCUAAAUUAGCAUUGUUGUUAAUAUAGGCUACGCAACAUGACCUGAUACAUCCAGUCUGUUGCUGAUGCUCUGCCAUACGAAAGCCUUCCGUUCCUCACAAACGGUAGUGAUUAGUCUCUCGUCCAUUGAUAUGCAAAAAAGUUAAAGGGACUGUUUGUAAGAAUCAGAAAUGUCGAGAGCGAGAGAGAGAGAGAGAGAGAGAGAGAGAGAGAGAGAGAAGGACCAGCAAUGAUUUAUACGUGUAAGAAGUUACAAACAGGACCUUUAAAGGGCAUGUGCGUGAGACGAGCACGACCACGACAGUUUCACGGGAUUUGGCCCGCUAGUCGCUCCGCCUGUCAGAUCGCCUGCGCUUCCCUAACUGCACGCUGGCCUCUCAUUGAAAAUGAAUUAUGAGACGCAUCAAUUGCACCCCGUGUGAAAAGCCCGAAACACGUAAAACUGAAUGAAACGUUACGUUUUGAACAAAACAUCUUUAGGUUUAGGCAACAAAACCACUUAGUCAAGUUGAAGAGAAAAAGACUGGUUUAAAAUAACUACGUUUCAGAAGUGAAAGUGAAACUUAAGGUUGUGACCACAAAGACAUCUACUUCUAGGCCUUCUGGGUGAAAGUCCUGUGUUUCAUCGUAUGGAGUUUCACGCCGUCUAUACUACAGCGCCUGAGUUCCACUUCCGCUCCUGUCAUAAUGACUACGGUCGCUGUCGUCUUCUUUUAUUCCUUCUUUCUGUGAUCGCCCCUGGGAAUAGAUGAUUAAACCUACUAGUGGGUGUAGCAGGCCCUGAUAACGCCCUUUAAAUAACCUGAUAACAGUCUAACCGGCUGGUCAGAGAGGAGCUCAGUGUCGUGUUUCUGUCUCUGCGGCUCAAACCAGUCGAGAGCACACAAAGAAAAAGCUGAAUAUGAGCAUCAGUCCAGACUGCGGUUUCAUUUUCUUCUCCAAACAUUAACUGCUGGCUAUCAGAUGUACCCAUAAUCCCUUGUGUUUUGGGUUUGUUUCCGUAGUGUGGUUUGGAUUACAUUCCCGAUCCCACUCAUAAUGCAGCGUGCUACAGUUAGCUGGCAACAGGACGCAGUCACAUUCUCAGUGUCAGUGAAUCAUCAGACAACAAAACGGCAUUGUUCUCACCGGGCCAAACAAACUGCACUAAAGUAGUGAACACUCCACAACAUGCUGGGUGUGAACUGACCCUCCAAAUGAUCUUUCUUAUGAAUCUGCUCACUUCUUUUGGCUGCUUCUUAUCUGUUAAAUAUUCCUGGCAACAUAGACGGAGAUAGUGGUACAUUAGUGUUCCGAGUUACAGAAACCUACAGAUCUGAUAGCUGGAGAUGAGAUCCUAUAUGUGACCUUGUGUUAGUGUGAAGUAAAUGUGAGUGGAGUUGUAUGUGAAACACCCAAUAAAACAAAAUAUGUCUCAUAAAA